AUGGUUUUUCCCCCAUCCUCGCACACCAGAUCGUAUCAUCAGCAAUUUCUGUUUUUCUUCAAUAUUAUAUGCAUAAUUAUAUUUAAUUAUUUAUUUCCCCACAGCUAUCCAUUAUAUCAACUUGGAAACCCUCAGCUUCGGAUAUUUCGCACCAACUUUUUUAUGACCCUUGUAAGGCCUGGAGGCGAGCAGCCAGAGAAUACGGUCCAGUUCCGGAUUCCUAUGGAGAUGACAAAAUUUGAUGUGAAGAAUUACCUGCAGAGCAUCUAUAGUGUCCCAGUGGCCGCGGUGAGGACCAGAAUUCAAUACUGUACUAACAAGAAGAGAAACCAUAAGAAUCAAAGGGUGAAGCGUCCUGAUUAUAAAGUUGCGUAUGUUCAGUUGUGUAAACAAAGGAAUAAUAGUAUUCCACCUGACAUUCCAAGGACAAAGCAUGAUGUAGAGCAUGAGUGGCAAGAUCAGCAUCUAUAUCCCAUCCUAACUGCCCUCAGGAAAGUGAUGGUCAAGUCUGCCUGCGGACAAAUCUGUAACCAUCGUAACCAACUGGUCUCGAUCCCGGAAAUGCAUUGAUUCCCUGGCAUUGGUGGAUCUCACAGUGAAGAAAGAAAAGAUGCUGAAAAAAGGCAGCUUUAAAUUAUUCUCCAACUUUAUUGCCAUAUAUUGUGUGUUUUGUACCUCACAGAAAGUCCAGACCUGACUGUCACCAGGUUCUGUAUGUGAACAGGAGUUUUAUUACAAUUCUUUUAAAAUCU